CGAGUCCUCGAGUUAUUCGACGUUCUCGCCCGAGCGACGAUUCGGCCGACGAAAAAUAUCACAUUCGCGGAUUCGGAGACUCGCUCGUCGUUACAUCGUUGUUCCAAAGGGAUAGAACGACAAGCACAGUCACGCGCCGUCGAGAUAAGAAUCGAAUGAGUAGAACGGAGAGCACACGCGUUCCGCACGUGGAAGAUCCGUCGAUCUCUCUCCCUCUCACACACGAUUUCGCAACUUUCCGAAUUUUUUUCGAUACCGUAUAAACAUGCGCCGCAAUUAUGUGGAGAUGAAGUGUAACUCCUCGCGUAUUCUCGCGUCCGUCUCGCAAACGCCACAGGUUGCAUCGUGACGUCUCGCGAUUGGAUGCGGCGUUACUUGUCGGUGAUAUAUUUUAGUUGGACGUCCGAGUCAAAGUUCGAGUGGGUCAUAAAUAUGUCGUAGCGCGGGAUCCGCGCUGACAAUGCAAAAGAGUCUCUCUCGCGAAGAGAUCACUGAGAAUUUCGGGCGUCACGGCCUGUCAUACACCGAUGAGAUAUGCGGCGUCAGGUUGGAGCGAGCCCCUCGUCAAUUUCUUCGUUUGAAUUUAUUACCUGCGAGAUCGGCGCUUAUCCGAGAGAUGUCUGCGGUGGAGGCGACGCCGUUCAUUCGCACCAUCGAAUGGGACAUGAUGGACAAGAGCAAGUUCUUCCCGCUGAGCAUGCUGUCUUCGUUUUCGGUCAGGUGUUGCCUGUAUCCCCUGACGGUGAUCAAGACUCGCCUUCAGGUGCAGAGGCAGAAUCACAUGUACAAUGGUAUGAUAGAUGCGUGUAGGAAAAUUCAUAAAGUGGAAGGCGUCUCGGGCCUCUACAGGGGCUUUUGGAUAAGUUCCAUUCAAAUCAUCUCCGGGGUGUUUUACGUGUCGACGUACGAAGGCGUGCGUCACUUGCUAACAGACACAUUCGCCGGUCACGUGGAUUCGAAAGUCAAAGCGUUGAUCGCGGGUGGUGCCGCCAGUUUAGUCGGCCAGACGAUAGUUGUGCCCUUCGACGUUCUUAGCCAACACCUCAUGGUCCUCGGGAUCGGCAACACCAAACAUGGAAGGAUAUCCGUGGACAAAUUCGGGAUGAAUCCGCUGGGCAUAACUUUCGAGCCUGACAAAACCCGCGCUCAAAUCUCCGCCGACAUAGUCAGGUUGAUCUAUCAGAGGGACGGUUACCGCGGCUUCUACAGGGGCUACGUGGCAUCCUUGUGCGCUUACGUGCCUAACAGCGCCCUUUGGUGGGGAUUGUACACAGUUUAUCAAGACGAACUUCUGAAGCUACUGCCGGGUUGGUUCUCCCAUCUGUGCAUACAAGCGAUCGCGGGCACGCUCGGCGGCUUCACCACCACGAUCGUCACGAAUCCUCUGGACAUCGUGAGAGCGAGACUGCAGGUGCAGAGGCUGGACAGUAUGCUAAGCGCCUUCAGGAUCCUGUGGAUCGAGGAGGGUCUGCACAUGUUCACCAAAGGACUGUCCGCGAGACUCGUGCAGUCCGCAUGCUUCAGCUUCUCGAUCAUUCUGGGAUACGAGACCAUCAAGAGGAUGAGCAUAAACGAAGAGUACAAGAGGCACAUCCGCUGGUGAAAGUUCCAGGAGAGAGAUUUAGUCCGUUGUUGUGAUUAAUUAAUUUCUCGCAUGGAUGACAGCGAACUUCGACCACGGGACUCGCACGACGCAUUGUGAUCGUGAGAGACACGGUGCGAACCGUUCCGUGCAUUCCCGACGAGUUGAAUAAAAGACAAUUCAAUGAGACAACAGCGAGUGGAGGUUUUAAUUUUUCGUUUUCUCAAAUUCAAAUUUUAAACUGAAAACUUGCGAUUAAAAGUCCCUCGUUUGACUCUUUGAGUCUUCGAGCUCGCCAUCGUUCCUGCACGGCUCACGAUUCUCACGGUCGCAGGAUCGCAAGGAGGAGCGACGUGACAAGUGCAACGAUCUCAACACGAGCUCUGAGAAAAGAGGAGGUCGACGAGUCCCGGCAAACAAAAGAGUGCUCGACCGAGAGAAGAGAGAUUCGUUGAAGAGAUCCUCGCGAGUGUUUCGUUACCGGCGACUCGUUCUGUGUGUCAUUUUUACACGUCGCUUUCGCGAAGCACCAAAGAGAGGACAGCAGCUCCGAAUCGACACGUUAUCGCUUGACAAAGGACGAAUAUUCUCUCGGCGUUCUAAUCGUAAGAUAUCCCUUUCCUCAGGCCAUACAAGUGCUAACUAGGUUGUUGUUCACGUUUACGUUCAUAGGGAUAUCGCGGAUUUAUUCUUCGUUAUGCGGAAAGGAGCAGCAAUAAUGAUAAUAAUAAUAAAAAAAAUAAUAAUAAUAAGAAAACAAAGUAACAAUAAUAUAAUAAUUAAAAUAAUUGUUAUUGUGUACUCCGUUCUCCGUUUUGUUAAAACUGAAAAUGAGCAUCGCGAUUUAACGCGUCAUCACGCGUCGUCUUGUUUGCACAAGAAGCGAAGAAAAAAAGGGGGGAAGGGGGAAAAACAAAAAAUGAAGGAAAAAACAGACCUUGCAUCAUGUUCGUGGCACGAGUGCUCCGGGAGUUCUCCGGAACAGAAAAGCGGGAUAGAGGAACGUGACGAGAACGCAAAAACAGCAGCAGCGUUCACGCGGCCCACUCACCCACCGUGUUGUGAAGAUCAAAACAUGCGCAUUUUGGGUGUGCGUGCGAACGUUGCGUUGUCACACGGAGUACAAAAUUUGUAACAUGCAUUAUGAUAUGUUACUGUGAUACUCACAACACAUGUCCUAUUCGUGCCCCGACGACGGUCCACUGUAUCGCUUACGUCACGCUCGUCUUACGAUCUAUGUAUGUGUGCGUGUGUUUGUGAAUGUGUGUGUGCUUGUAGGAUGUUACCACAGAACGAUCCUAGUCAAUUCAGGGCAUAUGUAGGUGUAUAUGCACACGCCAUAUAUAUAUAAUAUAUAGAUACAUGUGUCGGCCGUCGUCGAUCGGGCAGUGCGAAUAGAACGAAUGAAAUACCUGAAUGAUGCAGAUUAUUCACCGUUCAUUGAGGUGUUUCGAUAUAAUGUAGGGAGAGAAAAAGAGAGAGAGAGAUUUACAUUGUGUGUAAAAGUGUUAUUUAAUAUUUCCAACUCUGUACCGUGUACAUACCAACUGAACCAAGAUGAAAUCCUCGAUAAAACCGAAAGAAUGCUAAUAAAUUGCAUCAGCCACGUCAAAGUUUGCGUGUCAACCUCGUUAA